AUGGUCAAUAAGGCUAGCCGUAUGGCUGAGGACUAUGAUCCCGGCAAGGAUAAGAGCUCUGAGGAGAAUCGGGUCCUCAGGGACGAAGAGCAUACUGUAGUGAAUGAAGAAGUGUUUAAGAAGGGCACCUCUCGGCGUAUCUGGCAAGAACUGUAUAAAGUGGUCGACUCGAGCGACGUCAUUCUGGAGGUCAUCGAUGCUCGAGAUCCUAUGGGCACGAGGUGUCAGAAACUCGAAAGGGAGAUCAGGAGGACCCGACCGAAUAAGCACAUCGUAUUG